AUAACUUUAAUCGAUGGAAUUGCAAAAGCUCGCUAAGUGCCAGUUACCGUAGAAACCAGUCACUUUCCGGAUCGACGUCAUCACAGACGCCAACAUUUCCUGGUUACACAGUAUAUAAGUCGACUAGCACUAACUGAGAGACACAUAUUCUCGAAAUCUGCAACAAGAGUUCCAGUCUUCAAUCGUUCCAAAAAUCGACACUACAAAUCAAAAUGGCAUUGGCUGUUUUUGUAGUUCUUAUGUGCACAAUCGGAGCAACUUUUGCUGGUGUAUGUCGCGAAGUACAUUUACAAGACAACCUAGACUUCCAAAGGAUUGGUGGAGACUGGUGGCAAGCAUAUUACUCAGCAGGUUCGAUGUAUGGCGAGGCAUCUUGCUUAGACACUCGAGUUUUCGGAAUCAACAAAAAACAGAAACUUUUUUACAUGGAAACGAACGCUGCGAUAGUGAAUCCCUACACAGGCAGAUCAGAAACUGGUACCGUACUUAGCACCGCAUACUGGGGAGAUAGACAAAUGUUAGCUGGAGAGACUCAUAUCAAAAAUCACGUUGCAACUGACUAUUCUACUUACUUGCUAUUCUACAAAUGUUCAAACGGUAAAGCAAUUAUCGAUCUUGAAUUGAAGAACGGCAUCACAAGGCUGACAAGAAAGAAGAUUGUUGAAGUAUCCGAUAUUUUAGAAAGGGUUCAUGUCGACUUUUCCUCCCUCGUUAAACGCGACAGGUCUUCCUGUCCUUACACAAAAUAAUUUUGAUAACAAAAAAAUUUUUCUUUCCUCGUUUUUAUUUUGUAGAUUGAUUCAUUGUCUUUAUGUUAGAGAAAAUGGGAAAUCAUAACAAUAUGAAUACAAUUUAUUAAAUUAGGUAAUUCGAGGAACUCUACAAUUUUCUUAUAAAUGUGUCUUCAAAUUUUAGGUGUAUGGCUUUGUACUAUACGCUAUGCUACUGAAUUUGGGUUUCAUCAUGACUUUUAACAUAGGAAAAAACAUAUGAACCAGUUCGAUUUGUGUUUUUGAUUUUGUCUGUACUGUUUAUUCAGUUUUAUUUCAUUUUACGUUACAUUUGCAACAGGUGUUGAGUUUCAAGUUCACAUUUUUAUUGAAUAAAAAAGUUUCAUUU